AUUCGCUGAUCCCUUCACUUUCCGGUAUAAACCGUCCAUCCAUAACGAUCCAUUUACCUGGGCAUUCCACAAGACGGAGUCGCAAUGAGGGUCUAGCCAGCUACGCGGCCUCCGACCUAGAGCUGUCCGGCCUGGGCGAUCCCACUACGCUAGCACGAACCUAACCAUACCUCCGAUGGGCCCCAAGGUUUGAUUCGCCCCUUGCCAUCUAAUCUGAUCAUCUGAUAAAGGCAAAGAUUGGGCGACAUCGGCUGGAGAUUUUUAUGGAUGUUGGGACGGGGGGUCCAUCUGCCAAUAUAGAAAGGCCCGCAUAGAACCUCGUGUCCUCGAUCUGAAUUUUCUCCUUCUCUUGGUUCUUCAAGCAAGGUCAAACAGGCAUUCGCCUUCAAUAUACUAUUCCUUCUUGCCAACAGCUUCCCCGUUUCCACCCUCUUGAAAACCCUGUUCGUUGGGUUUUUCUACUGUGGCACUUCGUCGCCUUUUUUCUUGCGACCGAUAAUCAACAAUGGCUACCAUCGAGCCGCAGACGGCCGCCCACCGCACAGAGGCUGGCAUCGACUAUGAGAAGAACAUUGCCUACGACAAUGGCGCCCAGGAGGUCAAUCAUGACACCAAGCAGGAGUCUGACGCUGAGAGCGAGAACUUCCAGGGUGGUGUUCAGCGUGUCAGAGCCAUCACCUCCGUGUGGUCCAAGAAGACCAUGAUCAUCAUGUUCUGCUUGCUCUACCUCGUCUCCUUCGCCGAUCUGCUUCUGCAGUCCGUUCAGGGCUCCCUGAACGCCUUCGUCACAUCCUCCUUCGGAAAGCACGGUCUCCUGGCCAUCGUCAGUAUCUUCGCUACCAUCCUGUCAGGAUGCUGCCAGCUUGUCAUUGCCAAGAUCAUCGACGUUUGGGGACGUUCUGAGGGUUUCGCCAUCAUGAUCCUAUGCUCUGUCAUCGGUAUGAUCAUGAAGGCUACCUGCAAGAACAUGGAGACCUACGUUGCCGCCCACACCAUCUACUACGUUGGUCACUUUGGCAUGAUGUUCGUCAUUGACAUCAUGAUCGCCGAUAUGACUUCGCUGCAGAACCGUAUGAUCAUGUUCGGAAUCAACGGUACCCCUACCAUUGCCGUCACCUUCGCCGGUCCCAAGAUCGCCGACCUCUUCUACACCAACCUCAACUUCCGCUGGGCUUUCGGUGCCUUCGCCAUCAUUCUUGCUGGUGUCUGCAUUCCCGCCCUGACCAUCAUGCUGCUCAUGCAGCGCAAGGCUGAGAAGGCUGGUCUCUUGGCCAAGGCUAAGUCCAACGACCGCUCUUACCUCCAGGGCUUCAUCUACUACUUGAUUCAGUUCGAUAUCAUGUGCAUUGUCCUCAUCAUUGGCAUGUUCUCCAUGAUCAUGCUUCCCUUCAACAUCGUCUCCUACGCCCCCAACGGCUGGAAGACCGGCUACAUCAUUGCCAUGGAGGUCGUCGGAGUUGUCCUCAUCCCGAUCAUCUACGUCUGGGAGAAGUACCUCGCCCCCGUCAGCUUCAUCGACUACAAGUACCUCAAGGAGCCGACCCUUAUUGGCGCCUUCCUCCUCUACGGAAUCAUGUUCAUCUCCAUCUUCACCUGGGAUACCUACUACCAGUCUUACCUCCUGGUUGUCCACAGACAGAGCAUCACCUACGCCGGAUACAUCCUGAACGCCUUCUCUCUGACCUCCUCCUUCUUCGGCCCCAUCUUCGGAUUGGUCAUUAGAUGGACUGGUGACUACAAGUACACCGCGCUUGCUGGUGUCCCCUUCAUGCUUCUGGGUACCGCUCUCCUGAUUCCCCUGCGUAAGCCCAGCACCCCCGUCGGUGCCCUGGUCGUCAUGCAGAUGCUCAACGGUAUCGGCACCGGUCUCUUCGCCGCCUGCGGUCAGAUCGCCGUCAUGGCCGUCGUCACUCACCAGGAGAUCGCCUCCGCCAUGGCCAUCUACUCCCUCUUCGGUGGUAUCGGUUCUUCCAUCGGUUUCGCCAUUGCUGGUGGCCUGUGGAACAACAUCAUGCCUAAGGAGCUGUACAACAACCUCCCCGACUACGCCAAGAACAGAACCGCUGAGAUCUUCGGCGACGUCACGAUCCAGAUGUCCUUCGAGGACGGCGACCCCAUUCGCGACGCCAUCGUUGCCGCCUACGCUGAUGUCCAGCACAAGAUGGUCAUUGCUGGUUCUUGCUUGGUUCCCCUUUGCUUGGCCUCCAUCCUCCUGUGGAAGCACAUCAACAUUAAGAAGGUCGAGAGCGAGAAGGGUACCCAGACCAAGGGCAACGUCUUCUAAACGAUUUCGUUUUACCUUUGACCACUCUGGGACAACCCAAUGUCCGUAUGGACCAAAAAUUCUCGUCAUGUGUUUCUAGCCAUUAGGCAGGGACUAGGCAUUGCGGACUCAUCAUACCCCUUAUCCGCAUGUCGAGGACCUGCUAAACCCAAUGUGUUUCAAUCUUCCUUGGUUGGACUCGAUAAAUGUACUUAAUCGCAUGGGCCGGCCUCAGAAAGGGGACCCGACAAAUAAUCUUUUUCAAUAUCAC